AAUCAGUAAAAUCACAUUUAACUAAACAUUAUGAUUUUCUAUUAGUGCUUGUUCUUUAAUUUUGAUCAAACAGGAGUGUGAUGAAAGUGUUAUUGUUUAAACUGUUUUUUUAUUUAUUUUGUCGUUAAGAAUGCCCGUUGCCAUGGCAGCGCCCGUUGUUCACAUUUAGUUAGCCGAGUCCUGAAUCUGCAGCUCGUACUUUCUGCUCAUUUUAAGACUUAUUUAAACGUGAACACGAGGAUCCACGAGGCCGCAGGAUGCCGCCGAAAGCUAAAGACAAGAAGAAGGGGAAGCAGUCCGCGGUGGUGGACGGACUUUCAACCAAAGAGAUGUCCAAAGAUCAGCUGUGGGACCACAUGAUCAGCCUCCGGGAGGAGCUGGACAGAGUGCGGGAGGAGAAGAUCUACUUCCAGCUGGAGAGGGACAAGGCCCAGGCCGUCUAUGACAUCAGGGGGCGGACCCUGGAGCAGGCCAAGGCCAAGCUGAGGAUCACACAGCGGGAGAAAGAGGAGGCAGAGGAGCGCCGGCGGGUGGAGAUCACUACGCAGAAGCAGGAGCUGAAGAACCUCCUGUCCGAACAGCACAGCACCGUGUCAGGCCUGAAGAUGGACGCCUUCACGGCCGCCUCGCUGAUCCAGAACCAGAACGCAGAGACGGAGCUGGGGCUGCAGGGAGAGGUGCACAGCCUGCAGGCCAGUUACAGGAAGAAAAUGUUCCAUAACGAAACCUGCAUCAAGGAGCUCAAAAUGAAGCAGCAGGUGGAGCAGUUGCAGCUGAAUAACGAAUACGACAGGAAAUUCAGAGACAUGGCGGUGAAAUUUGAGGAUAAAAUGCAUUCGGUGUGGGAAGAACACAAGGCAAAGAAGAGUGCUGCGAUCCUGGAGGUAGAUGAGCGAGCGAAAAGCAGCAUAACGACCAUGCUGGAGGAUCACCAAGAAGUUAUGCAACACCACAAGGGAUUAUUAGCCGAGGCUAAAAAAAAUUAUUUCGAGCAGCUGCAAGACAAGGAAGAAAUGGUGGAGUUGAAGAAGAAGCUGGCGAGAGAGGACAGGAAGCUAGCAGCAGCCGUGCAGGAGAACAAACGUCUGCAGACGUCUGUGCAAGAGUCCAAACAGAGGCUUCCCCAGCUAAAGAAACAGCUGGAAGAACACGAGAAGGACAAGACCAAGAUCUUGAAAUCCAGAGCCCGAGUGAAGGUCAUCGAAAAGGAGCUGAGUGAUCUGGGCAUGGAGCACAUGCUGCUGAAGCAGGACGUUGAGGAGGUAAAGCAGGAGCGCGACAAGCUGCUGAAGAAAAAGAAGGAGGCCAUCCAGGACGCGCAGCAGCAGUGCGCACUGAAGGAGAUGGUGCUGGAGAGGAAGGUGGCAGCACUGAAGGAAACUCUGGAGACGAAGGAGGCUCAGCUCUGCGCUGUACUCGCCGCCUCCAACAUCGACCAAACUGCGGCCAGCAGCGCUGCGAAAAAACUUGAGAAAAUUAUGGAGUCCAAAAGUCUCACCAUCAGCGCCGAAAAGGGGAAAUUGGCUCGAGACUGUGAGGAAUACGACAAGCUGCUGCAGCGCUCCAAAGAGAGUCUGAAGGCUCUCGGUGUCCCUCUGUACAACUUUCCCUUCAAAACCUCGGGUCAGAUCCUCAGAGGACGGACUCGGGUUCAGAAAUCUCCCUCAGCUGUCGCUAAAAUCUGACCUCUUGCGGGUGUGUGAGGUCCUCACUCACCUGCUCCACCUGCACUACUCGCCCUGUCCAUCUGUUAUUAUCUGACGGCGUGCUGUCCAUAACUACUGUGAAGUGGAAAAGAAUUUCCCCUUGGGGACUAUAAACUAAAGUCUAAUGUCUUCGACCUCACUCUCUUUUCAUGAUUCCUCACAGACCAGCGGGAGAUCGCCUGCAGUUUACAGACGUCUGCUGCACGUAUUUAAAAAGUAAAAGACGUUCUGAUCUUCUUCA